CUUUUGGUGCAGUUAUGGGUUUAAAGGAGGCAUUACGGUUGAAGUCCUUCGACUCCAAAGAGCUAGAUAUCCGAGCCACCAAGACUCCGGAAGGCGAUACCCCGUACUUACAACUUGUGCACCAAAAUCUUUAUCAGAUUCGUGCGCCCGAUGCUCCUGGCGGUCAAGGUGGUUCAGCGGUUCAAACAGACUUAGCAGCUCAAGGCGGUUCUGGUUCUGCCCCCGUGGGAGAGGGGUUACAUGCUGCUCCGAUUCAGACGGUAGCUACGGUUGAUGUUACUGAAGGUAGAAAAGGUGGUUCGACUGGGACGAAAGGUUCUGGCUCUAAGUUUGUGAUUGAGGAUGAAGGGAUUCAUCUUUCUGUUGGGGAAACUGAGGUACGUGCCGGCGGAGAAAAAGGGGGGAGUGGCCAGAAUGAAGACGAAGAUGAUGCAGAAGAUGAGGAAGGGCAGCCCCAAAUUAGUUUGAAAAGAAAACGAGUUGCUUCGACCAAAAAUGACCCGAAGCCUAAACAGCUGAAAAGAAAGAAACCAGGGUUUAAAGCAAUUACUCUCGAUGACGAUGACCAGGUUACCGAGUUUUCUACUGCCGGAGGGGUAUUGGAGAAUUUAGACGAUCAUCUUCAUGGGGGCCGUACCCCUCGGGAUCAUUUAAAAACUCCGUUAAGCCCGUUGUCCUUUGGCGGAGGUGGCGUUAAGGUUGUUACCGACUUGCGUACAUCCGACCUCAAGAAAGCUGAGCCUUCUCCCUCGGGUAAGUUCACUACGGGGGUCGCGUCUAAUGUUUCUAGGCCGAGCCCUUCGCCGUUUGAUGGUGGGGAUAGUGCCUCUUCUUCUCCCUUAUGGUAUGACACUGAAGCCGUGUUCUUGUCCCGGGAGUUAGGUUCGGGUGGUUUUGAAGAUAUGGAUGCAGCUCAUGCUUUGGAGAAGUAUGUGCCGGAAUGGUCAUUGGUGAACAAAGACAGGAUCGUGGAUGCUCUUACAGCCAAGAUGUCUUUAUUUCAUCUAGGGACCCCUGCUGAACAUUCUCAUUAUCGCAAGAUGAGUGGACCAGAGCUUGGGAAUGCCCUGAUGCUGAAUCAAGCUCAGUCGAACUCUUUGGUGGUGGAGACGUACAAGCGUUGGGUUGAAUCGGAGUCAUCAUGUCAUAAGCUUAAACGUGAAAUUGCUAACCUGAAAAACGAAGGUGACGUCCGAUCAAAGACGAAGCAAGAGCUGGUAUCCCUGCGAUCCCAGGUUGAUCAAUUGAAGGGGCAGGUGUCGGAAGCCAAAGAGGUCAACAAGUCCUCUCAGGCUUCGGCUGCAGCUGCUCACGAAGCUCGAGACAAGGCUCUCCAGGACUUGGAAGCUUUUAAGGAAAAAUUUGCUGUCCUGGAGAAAAAACAAGUUAGCUUGGAGGAAAGGCACGCAGCGGAAUUAAAGGAGAUGCAGAAGUCGUACGAUCAACUCUUGGCCGACUACCAUCGUAUGAUAACUGCAAAAGGUGAACUCGAGAGAGCUCGUGACAGGGCCGUCGAGUCUCAUAAUGCGUUGAUUGACGAAGCAAAAGGUAUGCUAUCCCGUUGGGAUACUGAGAUGGUUGAGCUUUACGCACAAACGUCGGAGCUAAUGCUUAUGAAACAAUGGUUCCUUACGGAGGGGGUUGCUUGGGUCGUCAAGCUAGUUCAGCAAAGCCCUGAGCUGGAGAAGGUGGUUGCUGAUUUAGUCAACAGUGUUAAUGCGGUAGGAGCGAACGAAGGAAUAAAGCAGGGUUUCAAGGCUGCUCAUGACUCGGUUCGUUCUGCGGAAGAGGUUCCGGGCUAUGAUGCGGGAGCUCAAGACGUAUUGGACGCUGCGGUGAAGGCCUUCGAUGAACUUCAAAUCUCUGUGCUUGACAAGGUGGCAGAUUUAAUGGAUAAACCAUUAUCAGUCAUUCAACAAAGGAGCAAACUUCCUAUUGUUGGAGAGGACGAUGAUGUAGUUCGGAUUUGAAGUUUUUACUUUGUAAUCGUACA